AUGAGUUCAACCGGAGGCACGUACGGCUCCGUCGCCCACUCGGCGCCGGUGGUGAACGGCGAUUCACACACCCAUGGAGACGAAGAGCAGCCCCUCCUUGGAGGCGGCAGCAACAGCAGAAAACCGCCAGCGCAAUCGCUGCGGAAGAAGCUGACGACCGACGUGCAACGCGACUGGGCUGACCUCGUCCUCUUGGCGUGCUACAUCAUCACCGGCCUGCUUGACAGCUCCUCGAUAUCCAUCUGGGGCUCCUUUGUGUCGAUGCAAACAGGGAAACACGGUCUAUAUUGGCCUCGGACUCGCCGCCCCCACCGAAUCAACCCGCUGGAUCAAGUCCGCCACAUCCCUGGGUUCGUUCUGCCUGGGUUCUUUCGUCUUCAGCGGCUUCCAUCGCUUCUUCUCGCCGAAGCGUCGCUGGGUGCUCUGUGCGUCCUUUAUCCUGCAGACUUUGCUCUGCACCGCCGCCGCCGUCAUUCUCACCUUCGGCCCCACGGCGGGCAAAGAUGA